AUGUCUUUAGCUAUAUUUCUCCCGUCCAUUCUUGCACUUCUUUCACUUUCACAUCUGAAUGGCUUACAUGCCAUACAAUUAAAUACAAGCAUCACUGCUGGUACAAACUCUACGUGGAAGUCACCCUCCGGUGAUUUUGAAUUUGGAUUCUACCUUCUUCCCAAUGGUCUCUUUCUUGUGGGAAUAUGGUUUGGGAGAAUCCAAGAGAGAACACUCGUAUGGUACAACACUCCUCCUGUGGAACAAAAUUCCCAAAUCCAAUUCACUUCUGCAGGGCAACUUUUGGUAGUAUACCCAAACGGAACUACUGCUCAGACCAUAUAUGAUGGAGGAAACGGAGGUGCUGCAACAUCUGCCAACAUGCAUGAUGAUGGUAAUUUUGUCUUGAAUAACACCAACUUAGGACCUGUGUGGCAGAGUUUCAACAAUUUAACGGACACAAUCUUACCAGGCCAAACCUUGCAGACUAAUCAAACCCUCCAUUCCAAGGGGAAAGGACCUUCAAACUACUCAAUGGGAAGUUUCAUGUUACAAAUGCAACAAGAUGGCAACUUGGUGCUCAAAGCGUACCAGUGGUCAGACCCUGCAUACUGGUUCACUUCAACCUUGACCUCCAAUGUGACUUUGGUGUAUAAUGCUACCACUGCCCUCAUGUACCUUGUCAGCGGCACCAAAAACAUCUACUCCUUAACCAACACCACUCCAACACCGGUGGAGGAUUACUAUCAUCGUGCUACAAUAGAUGAGAAUGGGAAUUUCCAACAAUAUGCAUAUAACAAAAGGAAUGGGAGCGGGUGGAGUAGGGUUUGGAGAGCUGUGGAGGACCCCUGCAGAGUGAAUGUUGUCUGUGGUGUGUAUGGUCUGUGCACUUCUCCUGACAAUGAAUCAGUGAAGUGUGAGUGUAUUCCAGGUUACAUCCCAUUGGAUCAUCAGGAUGUUUCCCAAGGGUGUCACCCACCUGCUGACAUCAAUUAUUGUGCAGAGACCAACUUCGAGCUCCAGGUCUUUGACGACACUGAUUUCCAAUUCAAUACUGAUUUUUUUCGUUUAGCUAGUGUCGACUUGGAAAGUUGUAAGAAGGCUGUAAUAGAUGAUUGUAAUAUCGUUGCUGCAACAUAUAGCCCUUCCACCUCCACAUGUGUCAAGAAGAGACUGCCCUUGCUGAAUGCUAGAAAUAGCUCUUCUUCAAAGGGAAUGAAAGCACUACUUAAAGUGUCUGGAACAUCUAAAGUUCCCAAGAAGAAAAAUUUUAACGUAAAAGUCUUUCUGAAGGUUCUUCUUGCAGUUACUGCCACUCUUGCCUGUUUCUUUGGUGCCCUUGUUGUAUACUAUCAUCCUUUCGCUCGGAGACUAACAAGAAGAAAGAAGCACCUGAACGCAACCGCUAUUGGAAUCAACUUCAGAGAAUUCACCUUUCAGGAGCUGCAUGAAGCAACAGACGGAUUCACUAGGAUUCUCGGAAAGGGAGCUUCAGGCAAGGUGUAUCGUGGUGCGCUUAUAAUAGAUGGUGCAGAGAUUGGUAUUGCAGUCAAGAAACUGGAAAAGAAAAUUGAGAAAAGUGAAAGAGAAUUCAUGACUGAGCUCAAAAUCAUUGGCCGUACCCAUCACAGAAAUUUGGUGAGGCUUUUGGGCUUUUGCAUUGAAAGUAGCCAUCGAAUUAUUGUGUAUGAGUUGAUGCCAAGUGGAGCACUGCCCCGAUUUCUGUUUGGAGAGAGAGAAAGGCCUCAAUGGGGUCAGAGGAUUGAAAUGGCUCUUGGAGUCGCAAGAGGCUUGCUAUACUUGCACGAAGAGUGUAACACCCAAAUCAUACAUUGUGACAUCAAGCCAGAAAAUGUGUUACUUGAUGUCAAUUACACAGCAAAGAUUGCAGAUUUUGGGCUGUCCAAGCUUUUGAACAAAGAUCAGACAAGAACAAACACUAAUUUAAGAGGGACAAUUGGAUACAUGGCACCUGAAUGGCUAAGAAGUGCUCCAAUAACUGCUAAAGUUGACAUAUACAGUUUUGGGGUUAUGCUAUUGGAGAUUAUUUGCUGCAGGAGGCACGUUGAGUCCAGUCAGGAUGGAAAAAACAGUGAAGAUGAUGAUUUGGUUCUUUCAAAUUGGAUUUUAAGGUGUGUGGUGAAUAGGCAACUAGAGCUAGUGAUGAAACAUGACUCAGAAGUGCAGAAUGAUUUCAAGAAGUUUGAGGAAAUGGCCUUGGUUGGACUAUGGUGUGUUCAUCCAAAUCCUUCUCUUAGGCCUUCAAUGAAGCACGUGAUGCAAAUGCUAGAUGGAACCGUAGAAGUUGUAGUUCCUCCUUUGGUUUAUGAUCUGAUAAUGGCAGAUCAGGGUGCUGAGAAUCCCACCCAGAGCUUAUAG